AUGAAGUUCUACCUGCUGAUCCUCCUCGUGGGUGAGUCAAAGAGAAAAAACGACUUUAAACUUAUUUCACAUGUUUGUCUGAAUGAAUGAACUUUUAUUGUUGAGUCUCAUUGUCGAAUCAGAAGUUUCAACUUUGACUCUUUGAGUCCCAGAUUGAACCGUUUCAAGAAGUCCAUCACAAGUGCAGAACAGGUUCUCUUAUUAACUGGAAUCACGUCUUAACCGCUCGACUUAAAUAUGGUUUGUUUUUAGUUAUUUGUUUCUAUGUUUUUAAAUUAGUUUUUAAUAACAUUGAAACUAUAUUUUACUUUUAAUUCUGCUUUUAUUUUAUCCAUUGUUUUUAUUGUUUUUUAUCUUGUUUUGUCUAGUUUUGUACAGCACUUUGUUCAGCUGUGGUUGUUUUAAAGUGCUUAACAAAUAAAGUUGAGUUGAGUUGAGGACAGAAAAAGCCUUUAAAUUUUUCCACCUUUGUGAUUAUAAGAAAAGAAACUUCUUGAAUUCCUCAAACUGAACUUCUCUCUACCUGUUAUCAGUUACUUUUCUGCACUUAUGUGUCACAUCUUUACACCCUUCCAACUUCCUCCUGUCGAGAGCAACUUCCUGUUUUUGGGCUUGGCUGAUGCUGCUGAGGUUUCGAUAACCGCAUCUCCAAAGUGAGAGAAAAAAACAAACUCAAAUAGUCGCUUAAAGCUCUGACCUGAUGAGACCUGGACUCGUCAGACCUGGACUCGUCUUGACUCCUGUGAAACUUAAACCCAAGGGUCCGAGACGGUGGAUCGGACUCGGUUGACCAGAACAUCCCACAGAUAUUGAGUUUGAAGAACAUUCGCUGGUAUAAAACAGAAAUAAAGUGAUUUAACAGGCCUGUUAUUAAAUCUCAGCUGCUAGCGUUUUUAAAGAUGUUCGUCCUUGCCCUUUAAUCGGAGACUUUGUCGUAAAAAUUCACACCCAGACUCAAACGUAUCACUUAAAUGUAAAUCAGAUGAAGUCCCUGAAUUUCGCCAAAGCUGUUGUUUUUAAAUUCUGACUAUUUUCCCGCAUUUUUUGGUACAUUUGAGUUUCCUCAGAAGUCAGAUGUCGGAGCUGAAAAUGACGUCACACCCGAGUUUUCAGCGUUUCAAUUACCAAGUCGGGAAAAAGCAAAAUUGGAGGCAGAGACAAAACAGCUACAUCUACGAAAGUCAUUUUAGUGCUUACUUGAUAUUCGGACAAGACAAGCGCUAAAAUGACUUGGUAACUGAAACGCUGGGAACUUGGGUGUGACGUCAUUUUCAGCUCCGACAUCUGACUUCUGAGGCAACUGGAACACACCAUACAAUGCGGGAAAAUAGUCAGAAUUCGAAAACAACAGAACGGGCCGACAAGUUCACAGCUUUGGCGAAAUUCAGGGAAUUCAUCUGAGCAACAUUUAGGGGAUACGUCUGAGUCUGGGCGCGAAUUUUAACAUCCACGUCUCCGAUUAAAGGGCAAAGACGAACAUCUUUAAAAAGGCUAGCUUCACAAACAUUAGUAUAAGACGGAGGGAGGCGAUAUUCCCGCCUCCUUUGCCUGGAAAUGUCGUCACACUCUCAAGCCAAACGCGGGCAUCGGCUCUGUACAUCGAACGGAACAUUUCUGAAUCUCCUAACGCUAACCUGACAGACAAUGACCAGCACUUCUAGCCAAUCAGAGGCGAAGGAGGGCGGGACCUUCCCCUACCAUUGUACAAAACAAAUUCCGCCCGAGGGAGUUACUGAUCUACUGCACUUUCUCCUUCGGCGUUGGUUAAUGAGCGGACAAACCGACUUCGAUAGAUCACAUGAUCCGAAACUCAUCAAAGUCUUUUUGUUUGUUGACGAAUUUCUGUUUAAUUUUCUGCCUUUUUGUUUUUUUUGUUUCCCUGCAGCGGCUGCUGUCAUCCUAUCAGAGGGCGACAAGACCCCAGAAAAAGAAGCAGAAAACUCGAAACCUGUGCCCACUAAAGGUGAACUACAUCUCCUCCGAUGUCUGACCGCCAGAAUCUCGUUCUUGAUUGUAUUUCUUGUCCUGAGGAACAAAAGUGAAAAUAGGUCCAGAUGAUGAACAGUCCUCUGGGUGGAUUUAUUUAGAGGUUUAAUUCAACACAUCAUUGAGCUGUAAUAUGUUCGUAUUUAUGAUUCUGUUCGGAAAAGGCUACGUGUGAUUUCUUAACUCUAGGAAUUAUGACCUGAGCAGAUUCUUGCACGAGAACUUAACAUGCAGCAGCAAACGUAGCAGAGUCGAGGCUCAAAAUAAGGAGAGGAAGUUUGACUCAAACAUCAAAAAUAGAGAUGUGCGAAUAUGUCACCGUGAUGACGGUCGUGCAUCUUAGGUGACAGUUUUUCAUGCACCAAACUCGAGUUUGUUGUCGGGGGUCUGAUCGUAGUCAGAGGAAGUUUGGUGAGUCACAUCCGCAGAUCUUUGUUUCAUGACCUACCUGACAUCAUCCCAUCUCAAACUAAGACGCUUCCGUGACCAAAAUUAACGAGACAAGAGAGUUGGGACAAGCUGCCGCUCUGAGAACUCACAGAAAAACUCUGUAAAGUUUGUCGUCAACUCAGGCGGCUUUGACGAUCCAGGCGUGCCGUCAGUUAGUCCAUUGAAACCAUCAUCUAAAGGUGGUUGGUUCUUGGUUCCUCUUUCCCACGUCUGCUAACGGCCUGCGUCAGACCUCGACCUGAAAAAAGUUUGUAUUUUGCGCAACUGACUUAAAACCACGAACCUGUCAGAGAAGAAGGUCAGGCCACCUUCUGUUGGGGACCACAGAGAACCCGAAGAGCACGUCUCUCCAUUUUUAGGUUUAUCAGUUCGACUUUAAGAAUCAGGUGGUUUUUUUAUAAAUAUGUGUUUUUGAUUUUCAACAGCUGACCUGAUGUUUCUCUCGUUUUUAGCAGGCAACUCUACAGGAGAGGUUAAAGACGGCAGCGCUCUCUUCACCGCCAAACUCCUCCCUGUCCUCGUGGUCCAGGUCCUCUUGGGUUUGGUCGUGUUCGUUUUCUGAACAAAAGAAAAGAAAAAGGAAGAACCUCGACUCCAUGAUGGCAUCUUUGUCUUUCGGGGUUCAUUUAUAGCAGCUGUGAUUUUCUGAUUCAGACGUUUUCUGGUGUCUUUAUAUGCAAAUAAAAUCACACACAUGGACUGGUCUCUGUGAGUUUCAUCAAAUCUGGCUUCAGCUUUGUUAAACUGGGUGCUGGUUUUAUACCGCCAUCUGCUGGUCAACUAGAGCUGUUACACAUUGUUUAUUUUUUCUUUAAUGCAGAUUCUUCAUUUGCAAGAAAAUCACCAAAAAUGGUGUAAAAUACAGAUUUUAAACAGUUUUUUUCUUCAUGAUUUCUUCGGUUUGUUAUCAGUCAAGAUUUUUAAACUUUUAGAAGUUAAAAAAAAAAAACAACUCAAAAAUCAUUUAUUUCAUGUUUGCAUCUUUGAAAACUCGUUACAACUUCUGUCCACAUACAGUAAAAUGCUUCAACACUCGGUCAGCCUCGUCCGCUGUUGCCAUAUAUCUCAUUCUAUCCAAAAUGACCCCGAAUCCGAUUUAGAAAGUUUGAAAAGGGACAAAAACGAACAAAAACAAAAACUGGUAUUUUCUCCUGCAGGGUUUGGUAUUCUGUUAGAGAAGUGAAGUUGCGUCCUGAUAAGGUUUUUAUCAGAUAAGAGAUGUGAAGAUAGUUUCUCUCGACUGAAACUGCGGGCAGCUUCUUCCUGUCCUGAUAACUUCAAAUGUGAGCGGAUUGCAGAAACAAUAUUUAGACGGUUGGCAGUACGACUUCUUCAACAUCUCAGGAAGAAGAAGAAGAAGAAGAAGAAGAAGAAGGAGAAGAAGAAGAAGCAGUGAUGAUGGUUUUCCUGCUGAUAUUGGCCGCUGGUGAGUCAAAGAUAUUAAAAACAACAUGAUUGAAAAUAAUUUGGACUUUUCAAAGUUGUUUUCGGAGUUACUUCUAAAGACUAAGAGCAGUUCAUUCUGGAAAUGUGAUUUAGUUAAACAAAAGCAAAACUUUUAUAAUGCUACUUCUUGUAUUUCAAAACUACAACGUUAAAUCUUGACAGAGCUAAAUUUAAAAUUAAAUCUGAGUGUAAACCAAACUGAACCAAACUUUGUCGUAUUUUACUCACUGGAACGGCUCAUAAUUUGUUAAAUUUUGUUGAAUUUGAUUAAUUUUCCACUGGAAGGACGACUUUUUAAAAUCCUCAAGGACGAUUUAUCAUGUUUAACGUAUCGGAGAGGCAUCCAGGAGAACAUUUUUCCAUUUUCUGACAAUGAAGGCGACCGAGAUGAAACCUUAUUACUGCCACUGGAGGGACCAUCUGUCCAACUUAUACAGGAGGGGCUUUUCAUAAAGAUCUGUUGGGAGCAUUUAAAAGAGCGUUUACUUAUUCACUUUUACCAGUCGCCUAAAGCAGCUGGACGUCGUCAUGGUAACAUCUACGUUAUCAUGACAGCCGUAAAAACCAAAGCCGGGCCUCUGGUGUGUUUAAGACGACGUUUCUAAGAUAAGAUAGGAGAGCGUGAAGUGAUCGAUAUCGUUCACACUUAGUGUUGAUCGAGUGUUUAACCUGAGAGUUGAAUUCGUUCUUGUUCUUAACUGAAUUCCCUGUUUUUAACAGCUGCAGCCUCUCCGCCAGAGGAAGAGGAUGAACAAGAAACAUUUUCUGUGAUGAACAAAUUCCUUUUGAGUUUGUUUAAUAACAGCUACGAGUCUUUUCGUUUGGACCACGAGGAUAAAUCCACCUCCCUGUCUUUUACAGGUGAUGUUGAAAGUUACUUUUGCAUCAACACAUCUUACUUUCUCCUAAUUUGGACUUUUUACCUUGUAUAUUAGUCUUUUACCUGAAAAAUAUUAACAUAAAUUAUCAUACAUUUGUACUUUUACUAUAUAAUUUGUGCCUCUUAGCUCAUAAUUUAUGUUUUCUGAAAAAGAACGACUGUCUUGUAGUUUCGACUCUCUUUUGUUAAACUAAUAAUUGAAUCCUCUAUAUUGAUCAGUCUGUCAUGAUGUGAUCCUCUGGUGUUGUUGACAUUUAAUGACCCACUUGGCCUCUCUGUCUCCCCUCAGCUCCUUCACACAUCUCACUGGUUGAAGCUGCUGUCGUAGAUGAAACCUCUCUGCACUCCUCCAACGCUAACCUCUAUCCAGUCCUGGUGGUCCACGUUCUCGUGAUUUGGUCAUGUUGGCUUUCUGAUUUCUUUUAA